UCAAAAAUUUAUUUGAAUUCCGUUUUUAACAUUGUAAAAUCGAAAUGUUUCUCGAAAAGUUAUCUAUCAAUAUCGGGUAAAGGUAAUGAAGAAGAAAAAAUGGGGCGUAUAUCAUUGACCGAAGAAAAUCUAUAUGCGUUGAAAGAAAUGAAGUCAUGUCUCCUGGAAGUAACCAAAGAGAAAUAUGAAACAUGUAACUUAUUGUACAUGCAAAGUAAAGAAGUUUACGAAAAAGUAAAGGAUUUGGUUAUAAACAAGUUUUUAGUAUUACCCGAAAAUUUAAUGUAUUCCAUCGUGAAAAGUAUGGAUAUAUCGUUAUUGCCAAAGACAUCAACAGCACUGUACAAAGAAAUAGUUACCUUCGAUUAUAAAUGUAUCAUUAAACGUAUAUGGGAACAAUUCAUUGAGUAUUUCAAACAUCAAACCAAUCAGGAUGUUAAGCAAAUGACAAAUGAAAAUAUAAGUAAAAACGAUGACCAACAAGAUCAUUUGGAAAAUCACAAUGAAAAUGUACAAGAUGUUAAUGUUCACCGUAUAAAUAAUGAUUUAUCUAAUCCAUUUAACGAUCAAAUUCAAAUAUAGGAAAAUUGUAACGAUUUAUUUGGUUAACAAUUUAAAAAAAUAUUAUUAACAAUAAUUGUAAACAAUUUUGAAAUGAUAUAAUUGUAUUGUAAAACAUUUUUUAAUUAAAAUAAAAAUUAUUAUAUAUACUAACUGUUUGAUAAUUGAUUAAAAAAAUUUUCUAUCAAAAUAAUAUAUACAAUCAACAAAUUUGUGAGAUAAGAAUACAUAACUAUUGUAUAACGUCUCAUUCUUUAUUGUGAUAUUAAAUACACAUUAUUAAAUACUUUAUGAAAAUAAAAUAUGUAACUUAUAGUUAUAACUGCAUACUUUAUGAGUAUAUUAUCAAGAAAAUUUAAUUUCUCACAAAAGCAGAUACGAUAAAUUUAAUUCAUAUUUCUAUAACUCCAGUCAUCGUUUCUAUGAUUACAUAUCACUUAAAAAGAAAAAAAUUUAAAUGCUGCUAGAUAAGACAAAAUGCUGAAAUAAUAUUUUAAAUGCAUGUAUAUAUAAUACGCAAGUUGGUUAUUUUAUGAUUUAAACAGUUAGCAUUUAAAUAACACAUAAUCAGCAAAUUUUAAGACAAAAAUAUAACGAAGUAAAUUUAAAAACUGAUAUAUAUCUCACAGUACCCAUUCCAGCAAUUGUUUUUAAAACGUCAACCAAUUUUAAACCAA